AUGGCCGCCAUCGCAUCCCAGUCAUACACCCCGACCGAGGAGGCUGAGAUCCAGCAGUGGUUGACCACCUCGGAGCGGCUCAAGUCCGCAAGCGCAGAGUCCUCCUCCAUCCUAGAGGCCCUCAACACCCACCUUGCCUCCCGCACCACCCUGCUCGGUACAAAGCCCUCCAAGGCUGACGUCGAGAUCUACAAUGUCCUCGCCCCCGUCGUCAAGGGCUGGACCCCCGAGCAGCGCACCGGCGAGAAGGGACACCCCAACAUCGUGCGCCAUGUCGACUUCGUGCAGAACUCGUCCCUGUUCGGCCUCACCGUCCCUGAUGCCGACAAGGUCAAGGUCGACGCCGAGGAGAUCCUCUACGUGAAGCCGCCUGUCGACGCGAAGGCCGAGAAGGAACGCCUGAAGAAGGAGAAGGCCGCCAAGGCUGCGGCGGAGGCAGGAGGAGAGCAAAAGACUCUUGUCGACCGCACCAAGGAGAAGGCUGCCGAGCUCAAGGAUGCUGUCGUCGGCGCCGUUGCGGGUGAGGGCGGCAAGAAGAAGGAGAAGAAGGAGAAGCAGCCCAAACAGCAGAAGCCCCCACCCGCCCCCGCCGCUCCCUUGUCCCCCGCGCUGAUUGACCUUCGGGUUGGCCACAUCCUCAAGGCGAUCAAGCACCCCGAGGCCGACUCCCUCUACGUCUCGACCAUCGCCAUGGGCGACCCGGCGGGCACACCCGACACGGACGAGUACGAGGGCCAGGUCGUGCGUACCGUGUGCUCAGGUCUGAACGGCCUGGUGCCCCUCGAAGAGAUGCAGGGCCGCAAGGUCGUUGUCGUGUGCAACCUGAAGCCAGUCAAGAUGCGCGGCAUCAAGUCGUCCGCCAUGGUGCUCGCCGCGAGCCCCAGACUCAAGGAGGGCGAGGCUGACGACCACAAGGGCCCCGUGGAGCUCGUUAACCCGCCCGCGGAUGCCAAGGCCGGCGAGCGCGUCUACUUCGACGGGUGGAAGGGCGACCCUGAGAAGCAGCUGAACCCCAAGAAGAAGGUCUGGGAGACGUUCCAGCCCGGCUUCACCACGACCGAUGCCCUCGAGGUCGCUUUUGACGCCGGCGUUGUCGAGCAGCUCGAGGGCAAGACCGGUAUUGGCAAGCUGGUCACCGAGGCCGGUGGCGUGUGCAAGGUCAAGAGCUUGCAGGGCGCGACUGUUCGGUAA